AACCGCCAAAAAUGAAAGACCUAUGCGAAUGGGUUGAAUUUUUUGAGGCUGCUGGUGUUCCAGCCAAACUAAGGGAAACAUAUGCUGGCAUUUUUGUUGAACAUCGAAUUAACAAUUCAGUCCUUGCUGAUUUAGAUAAGGACCACUUGAAAGAUAUGGGGAUCACAGUUAUUGGAGAUAUUAUUUCCAUACUGAAGCAAUGCAAAAAAAUAAGACACGAGGCAAGUUGUCUAUUUUCCUUGAAGUUAUUUUGUUUAAGUUAUCAGUUGCACCAACUCCUGUUGUCACUUCAACAACGUCGAAAGAUUGCUCAUCUGAAAAUAAAAAAGCUGCGUCCAAAAAUGUCGGCGUUUUAGUCCCAGUGCGUCGUCGAAUGAAUCCUGAGGUUGAAGGAAAAUAUAUUGUUAAAAUGCCCAAGGGGACGACUUUAAAGACCCAGAAAAUUCUUGCAUCCAUGAAGCAAAAGAACAGUGCAAAGUCUAGUCAAUCUGAAGUUGCCAAAGCCGCCAAAACUAAUGAACCUCCUGUAUCGUCUACCUUCGAAGACAGCGAUGUCGAUGAUUGUGAUAAUUAUCGUGUUAUCAUCUCUAAAUCAAAUGCACAUGGUUCCACAUCUAGUGAUUCAGUAUUCAGUCGUUUAGGUAAUACUGUAAAUAGAGAGGAUUCACCUACAAGUAUACUUAUAAAAAAAACGACAGAUCCAUCUGCUGCAAUGCAACGCUUUAUUCGUUGGAAUUUAAAUGACAAUAGUCUUGGAUCACCUUUUCGUCCUUCACCAUCUGUUGCAGAAACUAUUAUGAACUCACCAGAGGAUUCUUUGAAUUUUAAAGUUGUUAAACAAGUUAGCGGUCUUACAAAAAGCCUUGAUCAGUCUGUUAAAUUAAGAACACCUCUUAAACGACAUGCUUCUGAUACGGUAUUUAGUCGUUUAAGUGCUCCAUCAACUACUGUACAACUAAAUGAUCAACUCUCUUACCAAGGGAUUUUGAAGAAGUCACGAAUUCAACCUCCUAAAUUUAACAAUGAAUCGAUGUCUCCAUGUUCUCUAAAUAGCCUUCUUUCUCCACACACCGAAGGUGUACUUAGCCAGAGUCGUAUGCAAAAAGUUUCGGUAAAAAACCGCUUAGGUAAUUGAUUUAUUCAUUUAAGAAAUUUGUUUCGCUUAAUUCUUAUGCCCUACUUUAUUUUAAUGUGUACAAAAUAUGAAUUUAUUGAAUACAAAUUGACGUUUUUCCCUAUUCUGUCGAUCGUCUGUUACUAUAAUCUCUAUUUUUACAUGAUAGGUGGAGCAGUUUUUUAUUUUAUGGCAAUGAAACGUUUAAUAGCCACACCUACUAGAUCUGUUGAAUUGAUUUGACUGCUCAGAUCGAAGUCAAUGUAUUUCAUACCCUAUUGAUAAAAAAUAAGAUCCACAGACGUCUGUGCUACGGUUUAUCCUUCUAUUGAUUUAUCUCUCAAUCUCAAUCUCAACGUGAAUUGCUGGGUCAUGUUUUUUAAAACCUAAAUCCACUUUAUUUAAUUCAAACCAUACAGAAGUCCGUCAUUUGUAGUCCAACUUAAACUACUACAUUGUUAAUAUAUUAUUGCGAACCGUUUUAGGAUUUAUUCAUAGACCUAUUUACAGUCACUUGUGAUUCUACACUCUAUCCUUCAAUAUCAUAAGUCCCCACUGACCUACUUCCUGCCAUUAAGAUUCAUACUCUGCUUCUUAAAUACCGAUUUCUCACUUGUCGUUUCGCAUUUCGGUACGAGCUAGUGGACAAACAUUUUCCUUUUAGAGAUAAACGUUCUAUAAUUAUGGGUACGAUGAUUUAUAUCAGACUCUACAAAGUUAACGAAAACAACGAAGGUGGUUUAGUUGAAACAGACUCCAGUAAAGUGUAUGACUCUUUCUAAAUAUAUUGGGAAUUUGGAUAAAUUUGGGUUCUGUAUUUAUAAUGUACUGCUCCCUCAAGAAGAUAUUUCAGACUUUCUUAUUAUUAAAGAGGAUAAUUUUUACAGACUGUUUUCAUAAUUCACUACAUGAAUAUUAUUGAAUGAUUAAAGAUUAUAUCGCUUGUUAGGUUUUAAACAAGGAGUUGAUUGUUGUCUUUUGGCUAUAUAAGCAUUACAUGUAAUUAAAUUCCUUAAACCAUAAAGUAUGUUAUAUGUAGUACAUUAUUAUUCUGAGUGAAUAUAAUUUGGACUUAAUUCAAUCUAGGUUUAGGAGAUUUGCUUUAAAAAUUUUAUUGAGAUGUGUUGGUAGAAUUUGAGUCAUAAAGGGCAGAUUACUUUAUUAAAUUAUCAAAAGUUUGUCUCCCUAAUUUUUUGGUUUAUCUUGUGAAUCCCUGUCUCUUUAGCGGAUCGUUGGAUGUUAACGGCAAUUAUUAGAAGUUCACAGUGAUAUUGAUGUUCGAAUGCUUAGUGCACAUCAGUGGUGCAUCAAUUUGACAGUUGGUUUCUCGCUCAUGGGUUAUUUGUUUCACUGGGGUUUCGGUUACACUUCUAAAUAAUUGUUUCUUCAUCUUAGAAGUAAAUGGGAAAAAAUUACAUUAUUGCAACAAAGAGUUUCUUCUAUAACCUAAAGAAAGGAAAAUUAAUUGUUUAUUAAAUUUAUUGUUAAAUUCCUCAUGUCAGUAAACUGCCUUCAUUUAUGAAAUGGUGGCGAAGAUUUGUAGCUCAGGUGGAUGAUUUUUACUUCUACCUGAAUUUCGUGCCGAUUAUGUCGUUUAUAAUGACAAUGAAAGCUCCACGAACAAACCAUUCAGCUCAGAGAACAAAACUCCAUAAAAAUGUCUUCCUCUAUAUUUUAUAGGAUUGUCAAUGUGACUACUUAUAAGUAGUCAAGUUUCGUUUCUAUUUCUUCUGACUUUAAGUAUACAAAGCUAUAUGCCAUUUUCUUAUAGCUUUUAAGAAAUUCCCUUAUGAAAGUCGAUAUGUAAAAUACACAAUACUUUGUUUUUCAGUAGAAAUAUAUUUAUGCUCUAUAAAUAUGCGCAUUAUAUUGAUAUUUGGGUUUUUUAAUCUAGGAAUGGUUGUUUGCAUUCUCAGUUUUACAUGAAGGUCCAGAUACCAUAAAAUUAACUUAACAAAUCAUUCUAAUGUCAGUCGUUUUGGUGAGAAAAAUAUCACACAACUGUUUCAUUAUUUUUAGUAUAUGUAUAUACACAGUUUGAUCAGUACAUAAUCUAUUUUUUCAAGUUAUACAAGAACAAUUUUUCCCAUCAAUAUUUUACUUAAAUUUUCUUUAUGUUUUAGGCAACAGACAAGGAAAGUCUAACGCUCCAGUUCAUUCUAGACUUGGUCGAGCAUCUAAUCCAGUAUGAAUAAUCUGAUUUUCAUGACUUUUACUGAACUUAGUGUAUAUAUACAUAAAUAUAUUUCGCAUACCAUAAAAUAUAAAUUUAGGUAUCCA